AUGGAUAGGGUAAGUACUAUUCUUGACGAAUACAAUAAUGAAUACUCUGAGAUCUGGGAAGGAGACCUAGGAACUGAGGACCUAGAUGAGAUGGAUAAAUUAUAUCCUGGCUAUAGGGAAAUGAAACCUGAAGAUAUGGACUCUGAAAUAGACAUUCUCCGAAGGAAGAUAACGGGCUCUGAGCAACCGGAAGAGAAAGAGGAUAUUAAAAGAGAAAUCGAAUACGUCAGUCAGCUAAGAAGAAUGAAGACCUGGAAGAAUUCAGAAACUGAGGCCUAUCUAAACGCAACCCAUGGCACUCUCAAGGAAGAGGUAAAAACAUUAGUUGUACUCAGAAGAAUAGCUAAGGCUGAAGUUAGAAGGAAUGACUACUCGGAAAAAAUAGAUAGGCUGAAGGGUAUUAUAGAAAACCUAGGUUUUAAUCCUAGUGAGCCCGAGGAAGAGUUGGAAGUAGAGGAAGAAGAAGCUGGGAAGAAGAAGGAGGAAGAAGAACUCGGGAAGGCUGCUGAGUUAGAAAGAAAAAGGCUUGCAGAAGAAGCUGCCGAACGUCAGAGAAAAGCGGAGUUUGAGCGCAAGGAAGCUGAGAUUAAAAGACACCAGGAAACUGUUAAGGGUGAUAAGGAGAAAACAGAGUACUGGAGAAAAAAGCUCGAAGAAUGGGAAAAAGAGAAGUCUAAACCCAAGGAAGAACCCAGUAUCUUCCCGGAGAAACCUCAGGCUGAGGAAGAACCUAAGAAACCCAAGAUAGAAAAGCCCUACAGAGGUAAAGAACCCAGGAAGCCUGAUAGAGGUAAGAAGACUGAGGAGUCUCUACCUGGGGUAGACACUGAAUGGCUAAAGGAUACUUUCAACUUUGAGAACCUCCUAUUCCAGGUCGCAGAGGAUACUAUCCCAGAAGAUGAUCAACCUAUAUUUAGCGGUGAUAGUACGGAAAUCAUGUUGAAGGAUGUUAGGGAAGAUCUUACGAGGUAUGAAAGAUUCAAGUCAUGGGUUGAGGAUAACUUCGGAUUUGUGCUUGCAGGUAUUAUAGUGUCAGUUGCUGCUCUCCUUACAGCUAUUAUCAUACAGGCUAGGAAACUAUCCUCAAUGGCAGCAAACUCAACUCACAGAGGUGUAGAUCCAUCUCCACUUCCUAAUAUAGUAAACAAACUGAUUAAAUUCAUAUCAUCAAACUUAUGGGUGGUAGCUGUAAGUAUCGUAAUAAUUUUACUAUACAUGAACAGCUAA